AUGGCGGGCGUGUCGGUGUUUGACGGGGCUCCGAUGCUGGCGGUGAUGAGGCACAAGGCGCUGAACCACGCGUUCAACAGGGAUCCCAGCCCGCGGAAACUCUUCCUGGGGAACCGGGAAUACUGUAAGGAUGAUGGGCAGCCCACAGUUCUCCCAGUGGUGAAAAAGGUUCAACACCACAUUGUCAACGAUCCAACACUAAACCAUGAGUAUCUGCCUGCUCUGGGACUCUCAGAAUUCAACAGGGCAGCAACUGCUUUAUUAUUAGGCAAAGGCAGCAUUGCUAUUGUGGAAAAGAGGAGAAUCAUGCAUCUGCCUUCUUCGAAGAACAAUGAUAAACUUUGCUUGGCCUUGCCCCAGUUACUGGAGGACCUGGAGAAAGCACCAGAUUACUCCAUAGUGUUGUUAAACAUGGUAGCCCAUCGGCCAACAGCAACUGAUCCAACUCCAGCUGAAUGGAUGCAGAUCGCAGAGGUCAUGAAGAGAAAGAACCAAUUUCCCUUCUUCUACGCAACUGCUCAAGGUUUAGCUACGGGGGAUGUGCACAGGGAUGCCUGGCCUGUGCGACAUUUUGUCAAUGAGCGCUUUGAGCUAUUUUGUGCCCAGUCAUUUUCCAAGAAUUUCACCUUGUACAAUGAAAGAGUUGGAAGCCUAACAAUAGUUUCCAGGAACAAUUACACUCUCAUCAGUAUCCGAUCACAGAUGGAGGAACUGGCACGACGAACAUGGUCAAAUCCUCCAUGGUUUGGGGCCCGUAUCGUAGCAACUGUUCUGAAUAACCCUGCCUUCUUUGCUGAGUGGCAGGAAAAUCUGAAGAAAAUGGUUGAGCGCCUGAUGCUGACUAAGGAGAAACUGAAGGAAGAGUUGCGGACACUGGGAACACCAGGAUCUUGGGAACACAUCACCAAGCAGGUUGGCUUGUACAUUUUUCCUGGAUUCACAGGUUCUCAGAUUAACUACUUGAUGAAAAAGCUGCAUAUUUACCUCUCAGCCAAUGCACAGAUCAACAUCAGCAAUGUGAACAAUCGGAAUCUUGCCUACUUGGUGCGCUGCAUCCACGAGGCUGUGUCCAGUUCUGAUGACAGUCAAGUCAGCAUAUUGAACAAUUAGUG